UUACAUUCUACUUACUUUGCUUAAUUGUGUGACAAAUAUUUGAAUAUUUUUAUCAUCACCGUUAUAGAGUUCAUUUAGGAAACCAUCAACCAAUUGCUGGAAAGAACAAUCACAAUGAAUGCAUAAUAUUUUGUAAUACGACUGUCUUGAAAAUACUUAGAAAACAAGUAAAUCGUGGUUUCAUUGAAAAAUCAACUAGAUUAUGUGUUCAUCACAGGUCUGAAAAACAGCAAAAUUAAAUCUUCUUAAUUGACACUGACAGUCUGUCAGCAAAGCUUUUCAAUAUUCAGGAUUUACGUAAACUUGAUUCAAUUAGUUUAUUUUUAUCAUAAAGUUAUAAAUUACAAAAUGUCGAAUCCGACAGAAAUGGUUCGUUGGAAAGCAAAAAGAGGAAAAAAGGGAUUAGAAAAUAAAAUAAGCGAUAUUUUAAAUUUGAUAGAAAAAGAAAAGAAUAUUAGGUACAGCGGAAUGAAGAAUGCGAUACUCAUACUGGGUAGUGUAAGAUCGAAAAAAAGGAACUUUACACAAUUCAUUGCUAAAAACAGCAAAUCCUCAAGCAGAAAAUCCAGGAAAAACACUGCUAUGAAUAGAGAUACAAUUCUGCCGAUUUUGAUAGAAGAUACCGAUCAUAAUGUUACCUUUGUCGACUGUCCCGCAUUUAACGACGAUGCAGUACAUGACAUAACAGGGACUUAUUUUAUUAAAAAUAUAAUUGACUCUUCCGAAUCUUUAAAAUUGGUUUUUACAAUCAAUCAUUCUGCCGUUAAAAACAACGAAGAAGAUGCAAAUUUUUCUUUAUUACUUAACCAUGCCAUUAAAUUGGUUAAAAAUCUAGAUAAAUUCAAGAACAGCAUGGCUCUUAUAGUAACAAACGUUACUGAAGUUGGUAAUGCAGAAAUAGCGAACAUCGCUAACGUAUUACAUAACCGGAAACAAAAUCUUCAGAAUAUCGCAGCGAAGCAAUUUCUCGAUAACUUGUUAAUCACAGAUGAAGGUGGAAAUUUCGCAAGAAUCGGUAUUUUUAAAAAAGUUAAGAAAUACUCAGAAACUAACAAAAACUCAUUGAAAGCUAUUUUGCACGACAAUCUGAAGUUUAGUACAUGGAAUGAAAGUGAUUUUGCAUACACUAUACCUUUGGUUUCAAAUAACCACAUUAUACCUGAUUUAAUUGAAAAAAUUAACGAAAAUGUAGUCUUGGAUAUUAAAAAUAUGGGACAAGAGAUAAAAAAUCACUACUAUAAGCAAGAAAAAGCAUCUCUUGAUAUACAUGAUUUGCAUACGAAAUUCGUUGAAGGAAAUCAUACGUUUUCAACGACAAAAGCAGCCGGCAUGCAAUGCACAAACACACAGUGUUUAACAAACAAAAUUACUCAAAACGUAAUAAGUCUAGGUAUCAAUAACUUGAAUCAUGAUUUUUCGUCGAUCGCACAUUAUGAGAAAUUUCUCGAGUUCAUUAAAUCUGUGAAAAAUAAUACAAAUACAAUCAGGCCUAAACAAUGGAGUGAAGGAUUAACGAAUAUGAUUACCUAUUUAAAUGAUUCAAGUAGAUGGUAUCAAUUUUUAGUACUCUUAGAAGACGCUUUAUCAGUAUAUGAUGUACAAAAAUAUAUAAAUGCUAAUAGAAGUAGUUUGGUAAGCCUAAAAUUAUUAUUUGAUGAAGAGAAGAAAGAAGGUAUGGCAGACAACAAUAUUAAUGAUAUUUUGGAUACAUUGAAAACGAUUUUUGAAGGGAUACUCGGCAAAGAUGAAAGAUUUGGACCUCUUUUUAAUGCAUUCAGUGACGCAAAAAAUGUAAAGUUAAGUCAAUCCAAAACUAAGUUUUUAAACUUGAUUUUAGAUACAUCAUUGAGAUCUAAUGUAAGUAUAUCUUGCGAUGACAAUCAAGGAGUAAUCAAAGGAAAAUACGUGAUGCUUAGCAGUAUCUCCAGUAACGGCUGUGAGCGUUCAAAGUCCAUCGAAAUAUUUGCGUUGCAUUCGAUUUAUAUAGACACUGAUAUAGACAGGAUAGGUGACGAAGUACAGCUAUUCAUUAUAGCUCCAAGGUGGGAGGUCAUUGCAUUCCGGAAUAAAACCUUUACUGACGAUGUGUUUGGACACAACUCCGCGAUUGUAGAGAGAGACAGUUACCGUUAUAUAUACCUUUCUGGUAAAGUCACGAAAACCCGUGGCAAUAAAAGUUCACAAAGUAAUAAACAAACCAGCAUACCCAAGGAAUUAAUAGCAGGAAAUUUCAUAGGCCUCAGCCAAAGCGUUAAGAACAAUGAAUAUCUCAAAAUAAUCGCUGAUGGUGGAAUAAUUUAUGACUCGUCGCAAAUGCCCUGUAGAGUUCGGGCUCUUCUUGACUUUUCAAACAACAACAAUUACGACCAAUCGGUGUUUAAUAACACAUGUAAAAUUACAUAUGAACAUCAAUCAUAUUCAACAGGUAGGUGUACUCUGCAUCCAAAAAAUUGUUAUAGUCCUAGAGACAUCCCUGAUGGAGAUAUUCUAUUUAUCAUGUUGGAAGAACAGCCUGGUGUUAAGAUAAAUAAUACAAAUGGCGAAAUAGGAUACUCUGGAAAUGACUGCAGAGAAGGACAAAAUGAAGGAAUGAAUGAAAAUUGCGUGGAAAUUGAUUUCGAACGUUAUUAUGGUGGUUCAGAGAAAUGGUCAUUAAUUGAAUAUGGUUACUACGCAUUCUUUUUUCGUACAUACUCAACCGACUUUGACAAGCUAAAGUCAAAUUCUAUGGUUGCUUCUCAUUUACCCAUAGUUAUCAACCAUUAUAAAAGUUAUAUCCGAGAAAAUUUAAUUUACGAUAUCAGCAAUCCCUUGACGAGAAAAUUUCUAAACGAAAUAGAUGAAUAUGAUUUUUACACUACAUUAGACUUUGUAAACGAACUUAAAGAUUUAGAAGAGCAGUUUUAUGAUUUGCAUAAAGAAGUUUCCUUAUUGCCUUUUUAUCAAUCGUUACUGAAUAGAGUACAACGUUACGCUGAGAAGCUUGAAAAAUCUGGAGGAUUGGAAAGCGAUAGAAAGAAGAUAUUAAACUACAUAUGCACAGCAAUUUUAAGCAAAAUCAACAGCGUAAACAACGACGUGGUUAACGAUUUCUCUAGAAAUUUGCCGUCGUACUUCGACGAAGCGAUCGAUAAAAUAAACAAAAUUCAAAAUUAUCUCGAUGUUACAAUAAGAUAUAGUCACUAUGAAAAUUAUCAGCAACAGAUUAAAAAUAAAAUAACCGAAGUUGUCAAAAUAAUUGAAACUGAAAUCAUACCAGAACUGAACAGUAUAUUCCCAGACAUAGAAGAGAAAAUCGAAUCGAUGAUUUCAGAGACGCUUCAAAAGAUAGAAGAGAUGAAAGAACAAAGGGAAGUUUUGGUAAAAAAAAGAGAGGAAUUGGCAAGUGCAUUAAAGUUGAGGUAUGUCGGCCUUUCUCUAAAAAUUUUUGCUAUGUUUCUCGGGUUUUUGGGUCCAAUGGGAGCUGUAGCGGGAGCAGUCAUAGGAGGAAGCACUAUGGUUGGAGAAUCAUUACUUUUGGACGAUCCGGGUUCAUUAGGGAUCGAUAAAACAGUCACACUGCCUGGGGCGGUAAAGAAUUCCAUAACAAGAAUAACGGAUGAAUACAAAAAAAAAGAAACGGCCUACAAAAGAAAAUUGUAUAAAGCUGAAGAAGAAAUGAAAAAAUAUUCCGACGAUCCAUCUUCGGAGCCAUCGCCUACCAUGAACGAAAUACGUGAUAAAAUUUCCGCCACUAAGGUAAAAUACGAGAAUGUGGAUAAGAAUGGAAUAGCUCUUGAUAAAAAAUCAAUAGAUCUAAAACAAAAGUACAAAACCGAGCUGGCUGAAUUGCUUGAGCAAAAGAAGACUCUAUUAGAAGCGGAAAAAGCUACUUCGGUGAUAAAAGUUGAUAGAAAAUUGAACAUUAUAACGCACAUUCAAGGCAUAGUCGGUAUUGCUGAGAUCGCUGUUGACACAUACAGCAAAAUUAAAAAUAAUCAGGCAAAAAUUAACAGUGUCAACGAUGCCUUGGCGCAAGUCGAUGCGAGCAUAGGAGCAAUGAAAAAUUAUGAAACAGAAAUAUAUAAGGUCAUAAUGCCAAUCGGUAAGAAGAUAGAAGAAAAUGUCAACAAUACGUUAAAAAAUUUAGCUGGUUUGUCGCAAGCAGCUAUCACUCUCAGUGGAUGGCGAUUGAAAAAUUCGCUUAAAGAUAGCCAGAUCCAACUGCAAGAGAAGACGGAAGGAUACAGUGUACAAAAAAGCCUGAGUUACUGCUUGGAAAAGUUGCAGUAUAGUAUGUCCGUAGUCCUUGAGAUGUACACUCAUAUACAGCGCUACGAAGAAACUAAAAAAUUGGCCGACUUUAUCGCAAAUAUCCACCUUCGGAAGUCCAAAGACAUCGUGAUAAAUAAUCCGGAUUUGAAUACUGCACUUGCACAGCUGAAGUUCAUCACCCAAUCCAAUCUUAUUCUGGACAAGUAUGAGAAUUCUGUAAACGCUUUCCAACAACAUGUCUUCCCACUUGCAGAUUAUUAUCUGGCAAACGUUCAUUUGCCACCAAUACACAAACCAAACGAAUUGAACAAUUCUGUCGAUACUAUUGAAGAGAUUAUUGGCGAAUUGAAAACAAGCAUAAAUAAAUACGAAAAUGGAAGAAACCCACACUUCAUCCAUAAGUACAGCGAUACAGAAUUCGGCUGCGACAGUCCUUGGUCACCAUUUUUCGUCUGGAAGUUUGAUAAGAAUAAACCUGACAUACACAAACUACUCGAGGGUAAAGAGAUACUUCUGAAGUCUGACGUGAGACAAGGUAUCAAUCAGAACGCAAUAAAAUUCAAUAAAAUUGGCAUUCGAUUUAUAUUGGCUAACGAAGCAAAGCAAGCUGGCUUGAACGGGUUAUUACAGAAGUUUAGAAUCACAAUGAAACAUCUAGGCACGUCUUACUAUAGAUGCAACGAUAAAUUUUAUAAGAUCACGACCAAGGAUACUGAUGUUAUUUCAUACGUUUUUAAAACGAACUGCAGCGAAAGGCCACACCGUCCCAAUAGAAUAUACGAUGAUAUAGCUAUACAUGAACCAGUACUCAGUCCAUAUGCAUUGUGGAGUGUACAGCUCACCGAAGACGGUGGCGAUUUCAAUUUGUUAUCGGAGUAUAAAAAUGAAGAACUCGAUCUGGAAUUGCAUGGAAAGGGUGAAUAUAUGGACUUGAAUCUGACAAUAUGCCAAGGUAAUUUGAAUAAAUAUUACGAAGAGGACGAUACUGUCUCUGAAAUGAAUUUCGUUGAUAUAAGCGAACGCGCUAAACGGAACAAGCGGGCGCGUUCUGUCAGAAGACGUCGAAGCAUCCAGGAAAAUUUGUCGAUUCAAGAUAUUGACAGAAAUUCGAUUGCUACGAAUGACGGAUGCAGUAAUGUAAAAUCGUCGUUUAUAAAUAAAUUCUUCAAUAUCAUCGGCAACAGCUUGAUGCUAUUAAAAUAUUGGAUGCCAGAAAAUGAUGCGUCUCAGUGGUUUGCCAAUUAUAACGAAAAUGCCAAUAAUGAAAAACAACAUUUUAAUUAUCACAAUGAGAUGAUACCAUCGAUUAUUCAAUCUUGGCAAAAGGAGUUACCGAAUGGUGCUGCCAACGAUGAAUCACCAAACAUCGAGAAAAUUACGAAUGAUUAUUUAUUCUGUACUAAUUCCAAUUUAUUUUUGCUAGAUUCGUUGAUUCGUUGGAAAAAUGGAACUAAGCACAAGCAGCGAUAUUGUAUAAUGAGAAAUGAUUUUAAUGCAGAGCAUGCACAACAGCUCACUUAUGCAGGAUAUGCACUUGGAGAUAGUUAAUCUAUUGAAAUAAUAUGUUAAUAUAAUAUAUGAUUGCUUUUAUUAAAUUCUUGUACAGAAUCAGAAGAAAAAUAAAUACGUUUCAUUUUUUAA